CUCGCACGCGGCCGCCAUUGGCUCUUUCGCUCUCCCGCCCUGCCGCUCGCGCGUCCCGCGCCCGCUUCCCAGCCGGAGGGGCGGCUCACGUGACGCGGCGGCGCGCUCCGGGCUGCGGGAUGCGGUGGUGGCUGCUGUGGCUGCUGUGUGCCGCCGGCUGGUGGGGCGCCGGGGGCAAGACGCUGCGGGGCGCCUUCGCCAGUGCCGCCGCCCGGCUGGAGCCUUGGCGGCCUGUGGUGCGCUUCCAGUUUCACGGUGACCAUGCUGUUCUGUGUGUCAGAGUUGAGAAUGCAGCUGUAGCUGUGACAAAAGCAGCUAGACUUCACCUGUUUCAAGCACAGGAAUGGGAGAAAGUGCAAAACAGCGUCCAAGAUCAGAGCUGUACAGAGAAGUUCUCUAAAGCUCAGCUGACAAUGACUGUGAACCACACAGAGCAAAAUCUGACAGUAUCCCAGAUUCCUUACCCGGAAACAUGGUAUGUGUUUUAUGUAGACAAGUUUACCUGCGAGGAGAAUUAUUCUGAAUCCGAGGAUAUUCAGUUUGAAAUGGUCUUACUAAACCCAGAUGCAGAAGGGAAUCCGUUAGAUCACUUUAGCGCAGGGGAAUCUGGAUUACAUGAAUUCUUUUUCCUGCUUGUCCUGGCAUACUUCAUAACUGCUUGCAUAUAUGCACAAUCCCUAUGGCAAACAAUUAAGAAGCGUGGACCUAUGCAUACUGUGUUAAAGGUGUUGACUAUCGCAUUGCUGUUGCAGGCUGGUUCAGCUUUGGCCAACUACCUGCAUUUCUCAAGUUAUUCUAAAGAUGGAAUAGGAGCACCUUUUAUGGGAAGUUUAGCAGAAUUGUGUGACAUAGUCUCACAGAUACAAAUGCUGUAUUUAUUAUUGAGUCUGUGUAUGGGUUGGACGAUAGGCAGAAUGAAGAAAUCUCAUAGCAGACCUCUUCAGUGGGAUUCCACUCCAACAUCUACUGGCAUUGCUGUAGUAGUUGUUGUUACACAGAGCUUUUUAUUAAUUUGGGAGCAGUUUGAAGAUACGAACCACCACAGCUACCAUUCACACCAUGGCUUAGCAAGCGGACUGCUUAUUGGCCUCAGAGUUUGCCUGGCUUUGUCACUGGCUGCUGGCCUUUACCAGAUCAUCACAGCAGAGAGAAGCACACUGAAAAGGGAGUUCUAUAUCACCUUUGCCAAAGCCUGCAUUCUCUGGUUUUUGUGCCACCCAUGUCUUGCAACCAUUGCUAUAAUAUUCAGAGAAUAUCAAAGAGAAAAGAUUAUUACCAUAGGCGUUAUCCUCUGUCAGUGCAUCUCCAUGGUUAUCCUCUACAGACUUUUUCUGUCUCAUAGCCUAUAUUGGGAAGUAUCUUCACUGUCAUCAGUGACGUUGCCACUAACAGUAUCCUCUGGACAUAAAAAUCGACAUCACUUCUGAGAUGUUUAGGAAGAAUACAUUAUGUAAUAAAUGUGCAAUAAUAACUUGAAUAGACAAGUGUUUUUAUCACAGGUGUUGCGAUACGUUAGUUUCACUGGAAAACUAAGUACCGGUAUCGGAGCACUUCACAGACAUUUAGUCUGGCAAAGUUCCUUGAUUAAUCUGUUAAAAGUGUUGGUGAGUGGAAAAUCCAUAGUUUGAAUAACUUUAUAAAUAUUAUUUAUGUGUAAGUGUGGUCCUGAGCUAUAUCACAGAAAAGCCUUUUCUCACCCGUUCGCAGACACAGAAAACUGUCCUUACUUCACGUCAGUACUAGGUGUGACAGCAUUAUAAAAUGCUGUUCUUAAAACAUCUGCAAGCUCAAACAAGUCUGAAAUAGGCCAGUUGUGAAAUUGGUGUGAUAUGUAAUGACAAGUACAAGUUAUCUUAUUUUAAUGCUUUAGAGAAAAUUAAUUUCAUAAAAUGUCUUAACUAUGGAAGAAAGGGAAACAAAAGAGAGAGAAUCCUCUGUAAAGCACGUGUAAAAUGUUCACAUCUGUCUUCAAGACACUUUUCUUUAUUACUAGUGUAAAGGCAAAGCCUUUAUGUGCAACUGGUGCUCACACUGGUUAAAAUUUUAGUGGAAGUGAAAAUAGGUUUUAUGUUGGGCACCUUUUUUGAAGAAAUACAACUAAAAAGUUCAUCCAAUAAUGAAGGUCUAAACAGCAGUUGAAAUGGCAACAUAAAGGUAAUGAAAACAGCAGGCUUGCAUCUUUUUAAAGAAAGGCAAAGAAAAUGGAACGGGUGAUGUGGUAGUAGAAUUUUAAUCCUGAUAUAAUUCAUUUCUGUUACAUUGAGGAUUCAAUCAUAAUUAAGCCAUAUACACAGAUUAAAUUAACAGAAGCAUUUCAAAUAAAUGUUGGUUUCAGUCAUCAACUACCCAUGAAUUCCUGCCCAAGGAUACUUAAUCAGGAUUAAAUUUUCUAUGAAUAAUUGAAAAACAAAAUACUCACUGGAUUUGUUAUAAUCCAUGUUGGCACUGGGUUCUAAGUAGUUGCCAUAUUCCAUCCAUUGUAAUAAAGCCAUACUUCUUUGUGAUGCCCUAGCAUUCAGAAAGCCACUGUAAAUAUAUACUUUAUUGAAGUGCCUGUUUAUUAUGAUUGAAUCACACUGACUUUCCCCCACCCUUCAUAAUAAGGACAUACCUACUGCCAUUGACCGAAAUCUUUCUUUUUGCAUUGUUACAUUUAAGACUUCUUUUCAUACAUGUGUUUCUUCAAAACAUGGGUUGCUGUUUUUUUUUCUAGUGAACAAAUGUUUAUUUCUUGUUAACGGUAUGUAUUUAAUUGUGUGUCUAGGAGAACACUGGGGUUCUAGCUUUAACCAUAGCUUUUCUAUUCAUGUUUGCCUCAGUUAUAAGCAUAGUUGGAAUAUAAGCUUUUUCCAUUUUAGUUCAGCAGCAGAACUAGACAUUUGCCUUUGACUAAGGCAAAAUGGCAACAUGACAAAGUUGCUCAUUAAAUCAUCUCCUUUCUUAUUGUUUGUAAUUCAGAUCAAGAAUGGCAGGUUGAGGCUGGAAAAGAUGAGAUAUUAUGAUUUCACACAAUCUUCAGAAUGAUUAAAAGAUUAAUUAUUACAUUCCUCUGAUAACCACAGAAAAAUACUAUUGGUUAAAGCUUCAGUCUUUAUUUCCCUGCUUAUCUCUGUACUUUUCAUCUUCUCAAGAAAAAGCAUCCUGUUUUCAAUAAGUCUCCAAUAAUGCAGUAGAAGAGUUCUAUCUGUCCUCAUGUGUAAGAUGUGUAAUUCACACAUAAAGUAGAAUUUUCUGAUAGAAGCACUUUACAGUUUAUGAUCCAUCGUGAUAAAAGUUUGAAUCUAAGCAAACUAACCUGUAUGUGACUUUCAGGAGAGGCACUCUAUUUGUUUCAUUCUUCAGAAGUGUGGUUUUUUUUUUACUUCCUGUAGUCCCUCUGACUUCAGUCAUUAUUAAGAUAAAUGGAAUCUUAAUUUCACCUUAUACCCUACAACAAUUCAUAAAAUUAAUCCACUGUUGAGUGUAAAUAUGAAGCAUAAAGUGUUUUAAUCUUUUCCAGAUUGCCCCAUAAGUCAGCAGGUAACAUUAUGCCCUUAGUUUGGCAUUGAAUCCAACAAGUUGAAAAUAACUGUAGCAAUUAAGGAUCGUUUUCUUAUGGUAAGUGGAACGAAGGACAUCUAUUCCUGUCCUGGUCUAUUAGCAUCCCUUCAUAACCAACACUCACCAAUUUUAUGUUGUUAAAUCAUUGAUGCAUACUGUAGCAGUAGGUCAGUGUGACUACCAUAACAUUCAAGAUGUCAGUUAAUUUGGUACAGCCUGUGUUAGAGGGGAAUCUUCAAACAUGACUAAUUUACAGAACUUUAUACUUACCUGUAUGCUAGCUUGAAGCUUUCUGCCUCUCAGUUAUGCCUGAAGAGUGUUUUGAGUAUGUGAAAGUCAGUCUCUUCUUCCUAACUUAUAUCUUCUACAAGACCAGCUGAUAACAACUUGCUAUUUUCUUGCUCAUUCGCACAGUUACCCAUUUUAUCAGUUGGGUUUCAUAACCUCAUCUUGAAAGAAUAGCUUCCAGUCUUCUUUCGGUUGCUUUGAUCAGCACAUCCUGACUGGGAAAACUAUUGCUUUUCUGAAGCGUGUUUUCUGUCAUGAGCUGUGGCUCUCUCAUACAUCUGAAGAACUCCCGAUGCAUCCUAUGUCAGCUAUGCAUUAGAUGACAGCAGCGGGCAAAAGUACUCCUUUCGUAUGCCUGUAGUACCAGAGUGUGUGUGAUGUGAGUUUGUGCCGUGUAUGCAGGGAGCUCUCAGGGAAUGCUCCAGCAGCUGCAGGCUUCCUGCAAAAGACUCUGGUGUGUACCCCUGAAGGCCACGCUGCUGCUGCUGCUGACCAUGUGAACCGGCACUGUGUAGUUGAGGUCAGGUGGCAACAUCUCACUCGAGAGUUUCUGCUCAUUCCAUAGAUCUGCUGUAAAUAAAGUUGCAGUUACAGAGUAUAUGAAUUCCAUCACCUGUGCAUUUCUGUGCUUGUGUAUUGACAAGACUGCAAACUGAAAUUGGUUGUGCUCCAAGGAAAUCCACAUCUGUGUGAGAGGACAUCUCCUUUCCAACCAUCACCUUUUUUGUUGGCACAGAUGCCAGUUUGUGUCAAUUAUGAUUUAUUGGUGUCGGGGGGAAAGUAGGGUACCCAGUCUGGGAGAAAUAAUUGCUGGUUUGGUCUACAGGAGCCCUUCAAGCUUUGAGAAGGGAUCACCUUGUAUUGCUCCCAAACAGCAUCAUGGAGGCUGGAGCAAUUCUAGGGCUUAUCACAGGUACCCUAAGCUAUUUGCUCCCUUUCUGUGUAGCAUGUGUUUAGUGUAUGUUUAUUUAAAAUACUUCAGGUAGGAAAAUUAAUGUUUAAAUAUAUGUAAAUGUAAGUGGAAAGGCUUGAUUGGAAAAAUAAUCAAGUUUCUAAUACAUAUUAAGACCUCCCACACAAGACAGCCACAGUCAGAUCUAACAAAUAUUCCUUUCUAGUUCCAGUGCCAAUGGAGAGCCAUAGCACUAUCAAAAUGAUUUUAUUUGCAUCGCAGUCCUCUACAGACCUGGAAGAAUAUCGUAUUUAGCCCUUGUUGAUUCCAUGCAAUGUUAUACCUCUGGCUGACACAAAUGUUCAUUGGACUGGCUAAAACUGCUGUCAUGCUGUGUGUUUUAACUCUUUUUGUGUGACUAUGCAAUGUACAAAGAGCCCAUGAUCCUUGCAAAUGUCUGACAUUAAAAGUAUGAAGCUGUUUUUCACAA